CCACACGCGCACCGAACGCUCCGCGCGCGAGACUGAACGGCGAUUUAACCAGGACAAAAGCUUCGGCGCGUCAUGUUGGACUGACUGGCGUUGAAAUCGAUGGAUUGGCUUUGAAAUCGUUUCGGGGAAAACAAGGUCUUUUUGCUCGGGUCUGAGAGCGCUCUUCCCGUUCAACGAUGGAACUCACGAUGGAAAACAUUGGAAACAUGCACGGCGUUGCGUCGCACUCGCAAGCGGGAGACUUGAUGAAUUCCUCGCAGGGCAGACCGUCGUCGGCUUCCCACCGGAACUUGGUGUCCCACGGGCGCUCGGCGAUGGUGUCCAGCAUGGCUUCGAUCCUGGAGGGCGCCGGUGAGUACCGGAGCGACCCCGCGCUGUCGGGCCACCUGCAUCCCGCUAUGACCAUGUGCGAGUCGGGCAUGAGUUUGUCCAAUACGUACACCACCCUCACGCCGCUUCAGCACCUGCCACCGAUCUCUACAGUCUCAGAUAAGUUCCACCACGCACACCCGCACACGCACCCGCAUCACCACCACGCCGCGCACCAGCGCCUCGCCACCGGGAACGUCAGCGGGAGUUUCACUCUCAUGCGCGACGACCGCGGCCUGGCGUCCAUGGGCAACUUAUACGGCCACUAUCCCAAAGAGAUGUCGGGCAUGGGCCAGCCGUUAACCCCGCUCUCCAACGGCCUCGGUCCUCUGCACAACUCCCAACAAGCGCUGUCUGCCUACGGGCCCGGCGCGCACCUCCCCAACGACAAGAUGGUCUCUCCAAGCGGCUUCGAGUCCCACGCGGCGAUGCUUUCCCGGAGCGAGGAGCAUCUCGCGCGGAGUUUAGGCGGACACGGGCACGGCAUGAUCUCUAAUCUCAACGGGAUGCACCCACACAGCCACCUGCACUCGCAGGGGAACGGAUCCAUGCUGGCGGACAGAGAGCGGCACGGCGGCGGCGGCGGGAGCGCGCACAGCGGAGGCUCGGGGCAGGUGGACGAGAUCAACACCAAAGAGGUAGCGCAGAGGAUCACGGCCGAGCUCAAGCGAUACAGCAUACCUCAAGCUAUCUUCGCGCAGAGGAUCUUGUGUCGGUCCCAGGGAACACUCUCGGACCUGCUGCGCAACCCGAAGCCCUGGAGUAAACUCAAGUCCGGCCGCGAGACUUUCAGACGCAUGUGGAAAUGGUUACAGGAACCAGAGUUUCAGAGGAUGUCCGCGUUACGGCUUGCAGCCUGCAAGAGAAAGGAACAGGAGCAGCACAAAGACAGAAACAUGGUUCCCAAGAAGCAGCGCCUGGUCUUCACCGACCUUCAGCGGCGAACGCUCAUCGCCAUCUUCAAGGAGAACAAGCGGCCCAACAAAGAGAUGCAGAUCACCAUCUCGCAGCAGCUGGGCCUGGAGCUCUCCACCGUCAGCAACUUCUUCAUGAACGCACGCCGCAGAUGCGUGGACCGCUGGCAGGACGAGCACGCGGUCAGUCCCGGGCCCGGCCCCUCGGGGACCACUUUCUCCAAGGCUUGAGCGUCUCGGAUGCGGAGAAACCCGGUCCAGAUGCAACAUCUGAGCAGCAGCAGCAGCUGAUGAUGAUGAUCUACGGCGCUCAUCAAACCUCUUCGGUGCACGGCGGAUCUGGAUGAAUC